ACGAGCUGCGAGGCGUGGCCUUUACAGAAGCUCCUUUGGAGGCCAGGAAAAAUGAGGGACACACAUGCGCAGUUGGACCCCUUAGCCUCUUAGCGCGUUCUCUCUGCCUGUCGCCCCGCCCCUCCCUCGCGGGCGGGGCUGGGCCGAGAGUCCAGCUGCUGCUGCUGGCUGGGGCUUCAGUGACUUCCUUGUUGUGAGCCCCGGCCCAGCAGUGUCCGGAGUCAUAGCCCCGCUGUUCUCACCCGGACCGCUAUCCCGAGUCUAGGUGGUAGCCGCAGUCCCACCCCGUCGGUUCCUCUUUCAGUACAGGUCCUUCUCCCGCACGCUCCGCGCUCCCUUAACAUGCUCAACCCCAGCGGCACCUCCUCUCCGUAUCCCCUCCCUGAGGAAAUUAGGAACCUGUUGGCAGAUGUUGAAACAUUUGUAGCAGACACACUGAGAGGGGAAAAUUUAUCCAAGAAAGCAAAGGAAAAGAGAGAAUCUCUUAUUAAGAAGAUAAAAGAUGUAAAGUCUAUCUAUCUUCAGGAACUUCAAGACAAAGGUGAUACAGAAGAUGGGGAAGAAUAUGAUGACCCUUUUGCUGGGACUCCAGAUACUAUUUCAUUAGCCUCAGAACGAUAUGAUAAAGAUGAUGAAGCCCCCUCUGAUGGAAACCAGUUUCCUCCAAUUGCAGCACAGGAUCUUCCUUUUGUUUUAAAAGCUGGCUACCUGGAAAAACGCAGAAAAGAUCACAGCUUUCUGGGAUUUGAAUGGCAGAAACGGUGGUGUGCUCUCAGUAAAACAGUAUUCUAUUAUUAUGGAAGUGAUAAAGACAAACAACAGAAAGGUGAAUUUGCAAUAGAUGGCUACAAUGUCAGAAUGAAUAACACCCUUAGGAAGGAUGGAAAGAAAGAUUGCUGUUUUGAAAUCUCUGCUCCUGAUAAGCGUGCCUAUCAGUUCACAGCAGCUUCUCUCAAAGAUGCUGAGGAAUGGGUACAGCAGCUGAAAUUUGUGUUACAAGAUAUGGAAUCUGAUAUUAUUCCUGAGGAUGAUGAUGAAAGAGGAGAAUUAUAUGAUGAUGUUGAUCAAGCUCUACCAACCAGUGGUCCACCAACAAGUGGUCAACCAAUAGAUGAUGAAAUUUAUGAAGAACUUCCAGAAGAGGAAGAGGACAAUACACCACCAGUGAAAAUGGAAGUACAAAAGAAUAUGAGUCAGGACGGUGUUCAUCACACCUCAGGAGAUAAAAGCACUGAUUAUGCUAAUUUUUACCAGGGUUUGUGGGACUGCACAGGAUCUCUUUCUGAUGAGUUGUCAUUUAAACGUGGUGACGUGAUUUACAUUCUUAGCAAGGAAUACAAUAGAUAUGGCUGGUGGGUAGGAGAAAUGAAGGGAGCCAUUGGCUUGGUGCCUAAAGCCUACAUAAUGGAGAUGUAUGAUAUUUGAGAGUCCUGGAAAAGAGAGAUUCCUCUGCUAGUCAACAAAUGCUUUGGAUUUAGAAGCAUCAUGAAAGCGUGAAUGGCACUGCAUAACCUUUCUUUGUUUUGUUGAGCAUCGUUUGUCUUUAUUUUAUGCAGUCAUUCAUUAUACUAUUCCUCUGAUGUGAAAUUAAAUGAAGGGCAUUAAUGUAAAUUAGAUGCAAGCAGUAAAGUUAUACCUGUUGCUGUUUUACAAAGAAAUAAUAGUAGUUUUUCUCCAUCUGAUUUGUGUGAAGAAUUCAGCACUAUUUUAUAAACCACAUAGUCACUGCUACUUCCAGUGUGAGUUAUAAUUUCUCUUAAUUAUUGGGUGUUAAUUUCUUUAGAAUGUAAUUUAUAAUUUCAUAGAAAUUUUAAUAGAAUAUAUCAUGCAAGUUUUUGGUGGAUGCUAUCUACAGAAUGCGGCUUUGUUAAAGCUUUAUAGAUCUUAAGUAUUUAUUUUUCACACAAUAGUGACAUGGUUCAUGAAAGGAUUUUUGCUGAUUGGCAAAUUCACUUCAUAUAAAAGAAAGAAAGAAGAAAUGAUAAAAUUGAAAAUGGCAGUGUGCUGUCCCUUCUACAACACAUGUACAAACCAGAAAUAUGGUUUUGCCAAAUACUUUAUAAUAAUAGAUAUCUUGAUUAGGUGAUGAGCUUGCCAACACUCUGUAUCAUAGUUUUGUUUGAAUUUAAUAAAAUCAGAAAUUCAUAAGGAUCACCAUUCUGCCACUAAUAUAAUGGUAUAAAGAAUCUCAUUGUUUUUUCAAAGUAAGAAGGCAUAACCAAACACCCUUUUAUCCUGCCUUAUUACUGCUAUGCUAUUAAAGUCCCACCACAAAAUAGUAGAAUUCCAGAUCAGAUGUCUUCUCUACCCUCCUUGGAGAACUGAGGAGAAAAGCAAGGCUCGGAGAGUGAGUGUAGAGGUCAUGGUAACAUGUACCAACAGGUGCAUGGAAGGGUAACGUUAGCCUCAUAUCUGAAUUAUUUGAGUUAUAUGCUGUUGAAUCAUGUGAUUAUCUUUUCAUGUAUAUUUGAAAUCAAAGAUAUUUGAAAUGCUUAUGAGGCACUAAUAUGGCCUUAAUAUAUACAUCAAAAUGCAUUGCUGAUUUAGAUAAUUACUUGGUGUGGAUAUAAUCUUCUGAUAACAGAUCAUUAAGGAAUAGGUACUGUCUUUGUUGAACUUUUCAGAUCUUUGCUUUAGAUAAACAUUCUGACCAGUAACCAUGCAAAUGGGUAGAUAAUAUUUAAAAACCUUCAAUAUUUAUGUAACACUUUACCAGACAUAUUUCAGAGUAUAUUUUACCAUUAUUCCCUCAAUACCAUGAUCAUCUAAUAUCAAAUGUUAAGAAAAAAAAACCUUAAUUUUAGUAAUACUGUGUAAACUACAGUUUAUAUAAAUAGACAUUGUCAGGUUAAAACUUUCAGAAAUUACAUUUGUGCAUUAAUUUGCCUUUUCCUAAUACAAUGCCAUUGAAAUAGAUUGGAAUCAUGUUGGCAAAAGUUAAAACAACUGCACACUCCCCUUUGUCCAGUGUAUGGAUGGAUGAGUAGAAAAACAAGGGCAAAAAAAAAAAGAAAAAA